AUGGAUCUAAAAAAAACAACUAUAAAAGUGGGAAUAUUAACAAUUAGUGACACAAGAACACCAUCAAAAUCUAAUAUUGACUCGUUCGACUCCAGUGGCCAAAAUUUAAUGAAAUUGAUCAAUGAUUCAAAUGUGAUUGAAUCGGCUAAAGUAGUUCAGUAUGAUUGUGUCACUGAUGAUGUUGAUAAAAUUCAGGCAAAAAUGACCGAAUGGUGUUUGGAAAGAAAAGUGGAUGUUUUGCUGACUACAGGUGGUACAGGUUUUAGUCCAAGAGAUGUAACUCCUGAAGCAACUCUUGGACUUGUUCAAAAAUUGACACCUGGUAUAAGUCAAGCAAUAAUGAAUGAGAGUUUAAAAAUCACUCCAAUGGCAAUGCUUUCACGAGCAGUGUCUGGAAUAUAUGAAAAAACUCUGAUUAUUAAUUUACCAGGAAGCAGUAAAGCAAGUAAAGAGUGUUUAUGUGUUGUUGCUAGUGCCAUACCUCAUGCUGUUUCGUUAAUUAAAGAUGAAAAAGAAAUUUCAAAACAAUUUCAUAAGCAAUUAGAUUCCACGACUAAUAACGAAUCAAGAAUUCCAGAAUGUGUGACAAAAAUAGCGUGUCGACACAGAGAAUCACAAUUUCCAAAAAUUUCUAUGAAAUCAGCUUUAAGUAUUUUAAAAGAACAUGCUGUCUUACAAUAUACGGAAAAUAAUAAAAUUAAGUACCCUUCUAUUUGGAUUUUUUCUACUGGUGAUGAACUUGAAAGCAAUAAAGAUUCACAUGGUGGUUAUAUCAGAGACACUAAUUCUGUUAUGAUACAACAAAUAUUGGAACAAGACAACUAUAAGGGACGCAUAUUCAAUUAUGGAAUUAUAAGAGACAAUUGGAAUGAUCUUUGCAAACAUUUUGAAGAAGCUUUUAACAAUGCGGAUGUAAUAAUAACGAGUGGAGGUGUAUCGAUGGGAGAAAAAGAUUUGAUUAAACAUGUUCUCAAAGAACACUUUAAAAGUAAAAUUCAUUUUGGAAGAGUCAAUAUGAAACCUGGAAUGCCAACUACCUUUGUGACGCUUAUUUUUAAAGACAAAAAAAAAUAUAUAUUUUGUUUGCCUGGUAAUCCUGUGUCUGCUGGUGUAUGUACACAUUUAUUCUUAUUACCAUAUUUGAGAUCAGUUUCUGGAAAAAAAUUAAUUAUCCAUUCUUUAAAAGCAAAGCUAACACAUUCUAUCAAAGGAUUGGAUAUUAGACCAGAAUAUCGAAGAUCACUGCUAAAAUAUGAAAAUGGAGAACUAUACGUGUCUUGUUUAACCAACUAUCAACAAAGUAGCAGACUUUUGAGUUUUAUAGAUUCUAACUGUUUACUUCAACUGCCUUCAUCAUCAAAACAAGCAAACGUUGAAUCAAAUACAAUUAUGGAUGUUAUACUAAUUAAAAGUAUAGAAAAUACAUAUAUUGCACCUAUAUUAAAAGAAAUGAACUUAUGUAUCGAGAUAAUGAAAAAAGAAGUUAUUACAGGCAAUACAAAAAUUGAACAACCACUUCUCUAUUCAUGUAUAGAAGAUGUACUGCAUUUAAUGACAGAAAAUAUAUUUGUAGCUAAAACUGAAAUUAUACCUACUAGUUCUGCUAUGGGUUAUGUUUCGUAUUCGACUAUUAAUUCUUCUGAAAAUUUACCACCGUUUCAAGCUUCUAUAAAAGAUGGAUAUGCUAUUAAGUACGGAAAUUAUUGGUUUCAAAAGUCUAAUAUAUUUAAUGUCGUACAAGUGUCUGUGGCUGGUACAGUUCCUGGUUGUCAAAAAGAGCUAGGAGAAGGAGAAUGUGCACGUAUUAGUACUGGUGCACCUAUACCACCUGGAGCCAAUUGUGUAGUACAAGUUGAAGAUACAUCUGUUGAAACUAAAUCAUCUGAUGGAAAAGUUGAAAUAACUAUUGCUAUAUUAAAAGAACCUAAACUCUUUGAAAAUAUUAGAAGUAUUGGUUCUGAUAUAUCUAUAGGACAACGUCUUCUAGAUCGGAAAACUAUUCUUGGUCCCUUUGAAAUAGCUUUGCUACGCUCUGUUGGUUGUGAAGACGUGGAGGUAUAUGUAUGUCCAUCAAUACACAUUAUUCCAUGUAAUGAUAAUUCGGCCUAUGCAAUAUCUCAUAAAUUAAAAAAUAUGUUGGAUGUGUCUGACUUUAAAGGAAACAUAUUUAGUCACUCAUUACGUAAAAACUUAACCAAUUUCACUGAACAAUUUGAUUGUGUAUAUGAUGAAUGGUAA